GCAAAAGCAAUUUGCCAAGGAAUUUGCAGUUGGCACAAGGAUGAGGAAGAAGGCGAAGACGACGAAGACGAAGCUAUGGCGUAAUGGAGAAGUUAGGGUUUGCACGCCAAAUAUGCUUCCCGCUCAAGCGUCUCAACUCGGCGGAGCCCCGUUUGCGGCACUACUUGGACCUCCGAUGCCUGAUCCUGCGACUGAGAACAGGUGACCCUGCGGCGCGCCAAACGCAUGCGAAGAGAUUCGUCCGACUGCGGGGUGGCUGAAAAUGUAGUCGUGCGAUUUGUCGAAACCUUGCGACCUCGAUACUGGCUUGCCUCGGUUGUGGAUGGUGUCUGUGUUGUGGUUGCGAGCUGGAAGGGCGUUUUUUCUGGAUACAUUGAUUCAUUGCUUCGACGUUUUCGCUCGCUUCCGAGAGCUAGAAGAACGGUGAGACAAAAGACGGCUUCUUUGUAGAAAAUGACGGGAAGCAAGGCAUCAAAACGGAGGAGACGGGAAAACUCAGUUCAUUAUUCAUCAGAUUCUACAGAGCAAGAAGUAGUCUCAGAUGGACAGGAAUAUUGUCACGAAUCGAAGGGGAAACGGAAACUUGGAGAAGAAGAUGUUCAAAAACCAAAAGAAGACGGGAAAGAAGUGGAUCUCUCACUUCUGGAUGAGGAGAAGGUUGUACAAGUAUGCGGUAUCUGCUUGACCGAGGAGGAAGCUGAAAGAGGGAAGCUUGAUUGCUGCGACCACUAUUUUUGUUUCGGAUGUAUCAUGGAGUGGUCAAAAGUUGAGUCCCGGUGUCCAUCGUGUAAACAAAGAUUUUUGACAAUUGUAAAGCCUUCAGUGCCUGGCAUAUCACGCAGCCGACCACGCAUUUUUCAUAUUCCUCAUAAGGAUCAGGUUUAUCAGCCGUCCGAAGAAGAGAUUCGUCUCUUUACGGAUCCAUAUCUGGACGUGGUUUGUUCUGUGUGCCAAGAGGCUGGAGAUGAAGGGGUUCUUCUUUUGUGUGAUGGAUGUGAUUCAGCAGCUCAUACAUAUUGUGUUGGUCUAGGAUUAUCUGUUCCCCGUGGAGAUUGGUUUUGCAAUGCGUGUUCUAUUGAGCAUCGAGGUUUCAGUACUGAUGACGACGAUGAGGUAAACAACGAAGCUGAAGAGAAUGACAGCACUCCUUUGCUUACUUUUGUUAUAGCCAAUGUGCAGCCUGUCCCUCGGAGACAACGUCCCCGACGAUCUACAGCCUACCGUUCGAACCAAGUUGGUCGUAGACACACUCGACUCCACCCAUUUCCUGCACUUUCAGAAGAAGCACAAGCUUUAGCAAUCCAAGAAGAAAAUCUAUCCGGUUCGUUGAUCGAUGAUGUAGAGUCUACGCAAGCAAGUGCACGCACCUUAUCUUCGCAGCGGAUCAUACGCCAAAGAGUUAAUGAUUUUCGGAACCAUUGGGAUCAAUUACGAAGAGGAGAGCUGCAGUUUGGAUCGAUUUCACAUUCAGCUCCAAGGACACGAGCAUCGCAGGCUGGACGGAAUCAAUCCAGCGCGAUUGCUCCAGCUGCACCAAGUAAUGAUAUUUCUCAAGCAUGGGCAAUGAUGGAACUUGCUCGGACUUUGAGAGCAGAUAGGGUAGCCUCGAAUUCUGCACCUACUACUAGAACUGUCGUACAUAGAGAAACCACGCGGGGAAGGAUACCUACUAUUGAAGGGACUUCAAUGCCCUCAUCAAGGUUCAGUCAAGCUCAAGAGCCGAAUUUGAGAACGGAUAGUGCUAGAGAUGGUAAUCAAGCCAUGGAAACUAGGCCCAUGAUUCAAAUUGAUCAAAAUCAAGAGCAAAACUCAAGACGAGAAAAUACAAGAGAUACCGGUUGCUUAAUAGCAAACAGAUUAAGAAGUAAUAGAGAUCGAGCUCAUGGACACGAUUUAAGAAACGAUGUUAGAGAAGGCAAUUACUCGAUCGAAAGCAGUUCAAGAGGUCGUAGAGGAAAUGGAAGAGAAGGUAGUCAUGCAGUGGAUGGUAGAUCAAAUGAUCAUGGAGGUGGUCGAAUUAGCGGACGACGUGACAUGAAUUCUGUCCAUGAUAUUCAGGACAAUAGUGUUCGAGAAUUGAGGUCAUUCAGGAAUAGUAAUGAUCUGGAUGGUGAAGGGCGGAAUGCACCUGGUAGCUCUGGAGGGAAUGAGAGGCCUCGUGUUGUUGGCAGGAUUGGAAGGAGAUCACAACUUGAAGAUCAGCAGGCUCCUACACCUCGUACAAGAGGGAGCUCUAGGGAGCGGAGAGAAACGAAAGAACAAGUUGCCCACUAUGUGAAAGCAGAGCUGAAGCCACUUUAUCAUUUAGGACAUAUCGAUAAGGAAGAACAUAACAGGAUUGCGAGGUCGGCAACACAGGAGUUUUUAUCAGCAUUUGGAAUAGAGUGCAGAGUUCCUGAAACACGUGCGUCUGAGAAUCUCAGUACCCGUUGUACUCACUCAUCUCCGCCAUCAACUUUCUCAAUUUUCCCUAUAUCUUGCUUGCAAUGCGUGAAGCAUAAUGUAAGCAAAAUUGUAGGUGUGCUGGUGAAGAAAGCUGUGGGUAAGGACAUCUUGUAGUACAUUAUCAAGCGUUGGAUGUACAAUAAGUUUUGACAGAAACUAAGCGGUUUUUUAGUGGCUGAUUUUGAGCGGAUCGUGUUGGCUUGUACAGACUGAUAGAAGCACUUCUUUGUUAAACUUCGUUAUAUUCGCCAAUUUCGUUGUAUGAAUGACAAGGUUCAUAUACUAUGCCAAAGCUCCUGUGUAAUUUUCAACAAGCUGUAUAAUUUUGUUGCUUCCUUA